CAGAGGUUGAACGUCCUUGCCAUUUGGCAUAGAGGAGCAAAGCAGACACAGACAGAACGAGAAGAGAACGGCAACAAGAUAGAGGCUGUACGGAUAGGAGGACGGUCUGACAGAGAGGGGAAGAGACAGAGACUCAGCCCCGGAGGAGGAGCUGCUGUCCCGGGGCUGGUCCCUGUGCUACAGCGGCUCACUCUCUGUGUAUUUGCGCCGUUUCUCGUGCCGUGAUGAAGUCUCGUGGAGAGGCUGUGGGCUGGAGAGACGUUCAAGGAAUCUGCCGAGGUUUCUGGUCCCCCUGCGAGGCGCAGGCUGCCUGCUGGAGAGGGGGAUUCAUCUGAAGACCACAAACACUCGCUGGCUGAGUGUUAUUUAUUUUAUUUUUUUUCAGACAGAACUUUUUUCUUUUUUUUUGUACUUCUCCAGACCACUGCAAAAGGACCACCAAGAUGAGUCGAUGGCUCAAAUGCACCUCCAUGUACUUUAACACAGACUGGAAUAAGUAUGAUGACAGGCUGAUGAAGGCAGUGGAGAGGAGAGAGGUGGACAAGGUCGCAGCAGUGCUUGGCAAGAAGGGCAUCAUCCCCACCAAACUUGACGUAGAGGGCCGCUCUGCGUUCCAUCUUGCUGCCUCCAGAGGACAUCUCGACUGCCUGAGCCUCAUUCUUAAUCAUGGUGUGGAUGUCACAGCCACCGAUGCCACAGGAAAAAAUGCCUUACAUCUGGCAGCCAGAAAUGCCCAGUCACUAUGUGUGCAGAAACUACUCCAGCACAAUUGCCCAGUGGGAAACGUGGACCUGCAGGGAAGAACUGCCUUGCAUGAUGCUGUUAUGGCUGGCUGCUCCUCCAGUGUGAAGCUGCUCUGUGACAGCGGGGCAUCAGUUAAUGUCAGCGACUUUGAUGGUCGGACUCCACUGGUGCUUGCCACUCAAAUGUGCCAUCCACACAUCUGUCAGCUGCUGUUAGAACGAGGAAGUGACAUCACAGUCACAGACAAACAGAACAAAACCGCAUUGAUUCUUGGCUGCGAGUAUGCGUGUAAGGAUGCUGUGGAUGUUUUGUUGAAACAUGGUGCUGACGUCACUGCUGUGGAUGGGUUCGGCCAUGAUAGUUAUCACUAUGCACGGCUCAGCAAAAACCAGGAGCUUGUCUCUCUGGUCAAGAGUUAUCUGGACAGUGCCACAAAAGCAAAAGAAGCUGCCAAGGUGGAACAAAAAAAGAGACAGUUGCAAUCUGUGGAGAUGGUCUCUGAAGCCCCUAACCGUGAUAAGAUCAUACAGGACCUGGAGAAAAAGAAUGAGAGCCAACAGGAGACGCUAAAGAAGUUCCACCAGGAACAGAGAACGCUGCUUGAUAAAGUUAACAUGCUUCAGCAGCAACUCAGUCAGGAAAAGUCAACAGUGGAGGACAUUCACAAGGAGAGAGAACAGCUGAAGCGUUUACUUUCUGCCAAAGAGAAGGAGGAAGGAGUCAGGGCCAUGGAGACUGUGAGAGUCCAGCAGCGGAGCCGUUUGGGAGAUUACCCUGGCCAGUCUGUGAUCAAAGGAAAAGACAAUGUACUAGUGCGACAGUCACACAGUCUGGAUUCUGCUCAGAUCUUGCAGCCUACGGGACCCUCUCGAUCUGUGGCUCGACCUUUAGAGCUGUCUCGGCCGGUGGCUGGUGAUCAAGAGACACUUCAUCCAGAGUUUGAAUGUGUCCGUAGACAGCAAGAGGCUGCACAAGAGGAGGUGGGUCGCCUCCAAAAGGCUCUAGCAUGCAAGUCCCAGGAGUGUGAAGAGCUGACUAGGAAGUGUGAUACCACCAAACGUGAAUCAGAUCAGCAGGUACAUGAGCUGGAGGAAGCCAUGGGAGAUGUGCAGAAGCGAAUGAUAGAGUCUGAGGCAAAGGUAAAACAGCUUCAGGCUCAUGUGGUGGCUGUAAAGGAGCAUCUCAAUAAUCAAGUUGUUGAUGACCUCAAAGCACAGCUGAAUGAGGUGAAGGGAAAGUAUGAAGGUGCUUCUGCUGAAGUUGGACGGGUCAGGAACCAUUUAAAACAGAGUGAGAAAGCUUUGGAGGAGUAUAAGAAAAGUGAAGGGCUUCUGGCUGUGGAGGUUGAAAGGCUCACUGCAGAGCUGAGUGCAGUGCGCGAAGAUCAUAAAAACAUGGAGGAGACUAUCUUAAACAUGGAGGGUCAAGUAAAGACUGCAGAUGCCAGGUUGACCUCAAUGGUUCCAGGAGAAAAGUUUGACAACAUGAAGAACCUCCUUACAAAUGCUGUUGACGAGAAGGAGCUACAGUUGGCUGAGUUAAGGGAAGAUUAUGACCGUGUGCUGGAGGAAGUGGCAGAACUCCACCGUGCAAUGGAUGACCGACAAACGGUCCCCCUGCAAGAGCAUGAGCGAGUCCGGGGUACUCUGGAGGAGCAAAGCUCGUCCCUGAAGAAGAAACUCGCAGAUGUCACUGCAAAGUGUCAGUCAUUGAUAUGUGAAGUGGAGGAAGGUGAGGAUGAGAGAGAACUGCUCAGAGAGGAGCUGCAGGAGCUCAGCAACAAUAUGAAGACCAAGUUUGUGACCUUGGAAAACCAUGAUGAGGUGAAGAGGUCUAUGGGACUUGCGGUGGAGGAGUUGAGAGUUAGGUUAGUCGAGGAGACUGAGAAGAGAAAACAGACUGAAGAGCAGCUACAAAGGCUGCAGGAAGAGAGGACUUCUCUUUGUGAGAACAUUGCCAAUCUAAGGAGCAUGUACAUCCCUUGUGAACGUUAUGAGAGUGAGAUGGCUGCACUUACAGAACGCAACACUGAACUGGAAAGAGAUCUUAAUAGCCUUCAAGAUCAAUACCAGGAGAAAGUGGGUGAACUUGAGACUUUGGCAGCUGAAAAAUCAUCAAUGAAGCAGAGCUUUGGUAUUGAGUUUGUCACAAAGAAUGAGCAUGAGAGAGUGCAGGCGGAUUUAAAUGAGGCUUUGGAGAAAGCGAAGAUUGAAAUCGCAAAGUUGCAAGAUGAUUAUAGGGUUCAGGACGAAGAGUUACAGAAGGCGAAAGAAGGAAAUGCUACGUUGAAGGAGGAAUUUGAGAAUGUGCAAGCCAAGUUAGAAAGUGACUAUAUCAGCCUUGUGGAACAUGAGAAACUGAAAAGCACAAUGAGCAAAUCUUUAUCAGAAGCAGAGGGAAGAGCUCAAGAUGCCUACUCCAAGCACCAGUGUGCUCAGGAGAGUGCAUCAAAGCUCCACAAGGAAAUUGAAGCUCAGAAGAAAGAGUUGGAUACUAUUCAAGAGGCAUUGCAGUUGAAAUUUGUUCCUUUGACUGCUAUGGAGGACAAAGAGCUGCAUUUCAACACUGCUUUGAAGGACUUGGCAGAAAAACUUGCAGAAAUGCAGGAGAUGUACAAUGGUGAAAAGACCAAAGGAGAAUGCCAAAGGCAGGAGAAUGAAAAAUUGAAAGAUGAGAUGGCAUCUCUGCAGCAGAAACUUCAGACAGGGCUUGUGUCCAGUGAGAAGUACAAAGAAGUUGAAGAUCGCUGCAAGGGCCAGGUGGAGGAGCUGAGUUUGAAGUUGAUGGAGCUAGAGCAACACUAUAAAGAGGUUACGAUCCAGCGGGCCGAACUAGAGGAGAAAAAUGCAUUGUGCAGCUCGGAGAUCCAGAGUCUCCAAAAGAAACUGAACAGUGAGUAUAUCCAUCUGGAACAAUUCGAGGCCAUGCAGAGCUCUUUGAGUGGCAGCCUGCAGGAGGCACAAAAGGAGUGCAAGGGCUUACGUGAAGCUCAUAGACUGGAAGUCCAGCGUGUUAAUGAACUAGAGAAACGGCUUCAGAGUCAGAACUGUGAUGAGGCCCAGUUUAGCCAGGUUAGAGAGACUCUGGAACGUGAGGUCAAUGAGCUUCGCUUGGCACUGAGGGAGGAGGAAGAAACCAGUGCGCAGAGGGCUGAGGACGUAGCUACUCUGCAGACUGAGCUUCUCAGGGCCACACACGCUCUGGAUGACCUCCGCUCCCAUGAAGAGCAGGUGACUGAGCUCAGAGCUGUAAAGCAGAAGUUGGAGGAGGAGGUGCGUGAACUUGGUGAUCGGCUAUCAGGACUAGAUGAGCAAUACGAGGACCUAUACAGGGAAACAACUCGGGCUAGGGAGGGUGAAAAGAGGGCGAGAGCAGAAACCGAGGCCUUGCAGGUAAAGAGUGCCUCUAUUGAGAAGGAGAUCAGAGAUCUGAAGGAGAGAUAUGAGGAGUCAAUGAGCACCAUUGGAGAACUGCAGAAAAGAAUUCAGGCAUCCACAGAGCAGACUGAACUUAAAGACAAAAGGAUCACAGAACUGUUGGCAGAUGUUGAAAGGCUGAAACAGGCUCUGAAUGGCUUAUCCCAGCUGGCUUAUGCUGGCAACACGCCCAACAAGAGACAGACUCAACACAUUGACACACUCCAAGCCCAGGUCAAGAGCCUCCAGCAGCAGCUGGCUGAUGCUGAGAGGCAACAUAGAGAAGUGGUUUCAAUUUAUCGAACUCAUCUUCUCAGUGCAGCACAGGGUCACAUGGAUGAAGAUGUCCAAGCUGCCUUAUUGCAGAUCAUUCGAAUGAGACAAGGCUUUGUGUGUUGAACUCAGCACACGGAGACUACACUGACUCCAAUUCAUCAUUCACACAGUAACCUCCCGUUCAGCUCAGUGCGGUUUGAUACUGCUCUGGAAUACUUCGCUCAGAAAGUCUCAUUUUGCUACAUUUGACAUGUCGUGGUUAUGUUGAGUGUUGUAAGCACUAACAUUGUGUAUCUGUAACCUAUAUUUGCUUAGUGACAGUACUAGAUAUAGCAGUAAGGAUACCUAUACUUAUGCAAAACCAUAAAUCAUAAACAUGAGAGGCAAUAAAUGAUGAUUUAUUCACAAAUAAGCAUACGAGCUAAACUAGGUACACUGUUGCUACACGCUUUAGAGGUGAUGGAAGGUGUGAAUUGCCGUAAAGAUGUAAACUGCACAUUCAGUGAGUCUCAUGUACCUCCUUAUUUCAUGUUGAAAUAACCUAACUACAGUUUAAAGAAGAACAUUCCCUCCCUCCACUCUUAUAGCCUCGAUCUGAGCUACAUGUACAGUGUAUUAAUGAGGGAUGAGAGAUUUUAACGUUCUGUUCUUAGUCCAGCAUUAUUGUAUCCUCAGCAGUGGUUACAGUGAUAUUCUGGUUAGAGGAAGUAGAUCUUUGAACAUUAGGGAAACUAGCUUCCAGGCUUUAGUGGAGUGGUGGGCAGAGGCACAUUGUAGGCAGACAAUAGUAAUAUUACAUAAGUGGAGUAUACAGUAAGAGCAUAAAUGCAAAGUAAAAGUCAUUUCGGAGGGUCCCAGAAUUGUUAUGGUCCAUCACGAAAGACCAGAGAACACCACUGCAGCUUCUUCGCACACUUAUUUUUUUUUUGCAGUUUUGCCCUUGUUCAUACACUGGAUCGUUCCUUGCAAAUACGUGUGAUGUAUUUGAGUCAGUGGGUGUCUGUUGGGUUGGGUGAUUUAGGGUGGAGUAAUUGUUUUACUGAAGUGUUGAUGUAAAAUUGCUUUGCUUCUGCAGUGACAGCAGCAGACUGCGUCUCAUGAGCGGAGCAUUUAACACUGAGGACUGUCAUAACACUCUUAUCCCCUCAUGGUCCUAUAUCCUGGCUGAUAUCGCCAUCUAGUGGUGUGACUUGGCUGGCCAAGUUUGACGUGUGGUUUUGUGUAGGAGAAUGUGAUGCAUUUAGGAAUUCUCCCUUUUGAUGCUUCCCAAAUCUGAUUUAUCACCUUUUACAUGGUUUUGUAAUACUUUUGAUUAAUGAACAACACCAUGUUUGUGGUAACUAUUACAGAAUUCAGCAGGACUGGAACGGAAAGGCACAAUAAUCUGUUCAGAUUUCAGAACAUGACUGUAGACUGACAUACUUUAUAUUUUGUGGAUCUGUUUUUUUUUUCUUUUCUUUAUCUAAACUGUCAAAUUAUCAUUUAAGUUUCCAAUAGGAUAUUCUAAAAUUGAGCACCCAACCAUGGGUUUCCAGUAUUGAUUAUAAUUUAUUUUAAAAAUACCACCAGCGUUGUGCCAUUUGGUUUGAUUGGUAUUAACUGAUGCUAUUGGUUUUCUCUUUUGGGGAUGACUAAUUGUAACCGUUUCAUUAUUUAUUAGUAUUACAUUCUAACUGCGCUCUUAUGAUUAUCAGUUAGUCUGUGUUUUUCCUUUUUGUUUUGCAAAUUUUGAGUCUAACAUCAAUAAAAGUGCCUCUUUUAGACUAAACUGGCUCUGUGCAAAUGAAUAAGAUUAAUCCCAGCAGUCUCGGAGUGCCAUGAAGUGAACCUUGCCUUUGGCAGACCGUUCCAGCCCCUCUCACUCUCCUUGAAGUGAACGCACAUGUUGUUACUUUAAAUCCAAUUGAGGGCUUUUUUUGUUCCUCAUGUGGUUUGCAUUGAUUUGUACCUUAGCGUUUUACUUACCUUUUAAAACUAAAUUAGAUUUAUAAAUGCGAAGAAAAGACAAUAUUUUUCUCCCCGCAAAGGUCAUAGUUUUUACUAUUUUAAGGUGAGUAAAAAUGUAAUACUUGAACAGAAUCAAUGUUGUUUUCCUAUCUUCGUUUCUGCAGUAUGCUUUGAUCAUCUAUACCAAGCACUAUGUUUCUGGAGGGUUUUUUUUUUUUUUUUUUUAAAGCUCUAAACUGAUUAACACCUGAUUAAUUUCACAUUUUUGUAUAUGUAAUUGCUCAAACAACAGCUCUCAGCUCGCCUCUGACUCCCCACUUCUCUUGCAGUCUCUUGUUUUUAUGAGUCUGUUAUUUGUGGCCUGCCCUGCAUAAGCUGUUCUCAGCAAUUAUGGCAAAUACAAUUCAAUCUGUUUGGAGCUUUCCCUUUAAUCUCAUUUCCAGGACCAUAAGCAGAACCAGACAUCCUCCCACCACUCCCCUCUCUUUCCCUUUCUCUCUACCAUUAAUCAUGUCCGUAAGGAUCACAGUGGAACCCUGUCGUUUAGCUGGCCCCCUGGUAGGUGGGCAGACUUGGAGCCGGGGGAUCAACCCUGUUCGUGUUGCUUUAAUGUGGUUAGUUACUCAGUCGGUAGUCUUUGUGUCGUGAUUCACGCUCACUUUGACCACUGAGCCCUCCACGUGUCAUGCGAAUAAUUUGCUCCCUUUUUCUAUUUUUUUUUUCCCUGUCUGUUUUGAUUUUGUGUGCAUUUGAAGUUUUCUUACCUUUCCUUUUAAUAGUUUAAUAACAAAUGCAGCUGUGCAACACAUCCCGUUCCCAUCAGUUUCACCCUCUUAUCGUCGGGUGUCCCAUACGUCGUGCUGGCCGUGUUAGUACCUUUUAAAAAGAAAGUCAUGGAAAACCCCAUCUUUUCUCAUUAGCCACCCUGGAUCGCUCACCUCUGCUCACCCCUUUAAUGUUUUUGCAGAGCUCCCUGCACUUUGUUGCCUCAGUAAAGUUCAUUUAUAGGAUAACGGGGCUCUGGAGGACACAUGGGGCUGAUUUGGACUAGAUGAUUUCAACAUGUCUCCUGCCCAGCUCCUCUCUGAUCCUUGCCAUGUGAUCCAUACCUCCCUGACCUCAUCAUCCAUCAUAUAACACCUGGGAUGAUGGGGGAAAAAUGGCUGAAAAACUAGCAGAGACUCUUUUAUUUUGUUGGAUUUAUUGGCUGGCCGGAGGAGAGUCCUGCUACCACCGCCAGGCCGUGGCUCCAUAUCUCUCCACGCAUGGGUUUUUGUGCACCCUACUGAAAGACCAAAGGGUUGUGUUCCGUAUUUUUGGUGUUUGACCUCCGUUAAAGUGUUUGAGUUAAAAAUAAACAUCCUUGUUUGAGUGGGACGGCACACAGGAGGCGGAGGGUUGAUUUAGAUCACACAGGUACAAAAAAUGUGAUGCUGUUGAGCACGUUUCAAAGAGACUCCCAAACCGCGAGGUAAUUUUGCAGGAGGGGGUAUUGUACUCUGAAGUAGAAAUUUUAAACUGCACAUUUAAACGGUUACAUCUGAGCUCAUUGUUGUUCUUUUUUUCCCUCAUUAGCUCUUGGUUAACCACUAAUGCCUAGUGUAUCAACUCAUUUUUACUUUCUCCCCCUUUUUCCGGUCAGGGCUCAACAAGAAACAUGUGGUUGUCCUCUCUUCCAAGCUCAAGCUCUUAAUAAUCCCCAGGCUUCAAUGGAAAAUCGACUGCAUUUCACAUGUCUGCUAAGAGCUGACACAUGGGGCUGUGUCCGUGGUUUAACAGAAUAAGCCUGCGGAAUUGAUGGUUGGCUGCUUGGAAAUAGUGCUUCAACUAAUGUACUUUCUUGAUUUUAUAAAGGGUUUGGUUUUGACUGCUUUUUUUGCUCUGCGGUGUGGGCUUGUGGUUCUUUAAAGGCUUGUUAAGAGGUAAAUUGAGGGGAAAGGUGAGGAGAGCAUAAUGUUUUCCUCUUUGUUAUGCCUUCUUUUUCUCAACUGGUUGAUGUUCUGAAGUCACUGGAGAAAAUACUGGUUUACUUCAUUCAGGUGGACUUAGAGGAAUUUAUAGGAACAAGUCUUUAUUUCAGGGAUGCACUGAAAAUAACAAGCUGAUGAUUAUUUGGAUGUUAUGGCUGAUAACCAAUAAAUGACAGAAUAAAAAUUGAAA